AUGUGGCUCAGUUCUCGCGUGGAAGUUCACCACGCGCGUUCCUUGAGAUUACCAAGCGAGGAUACGGGGACGAAUGGUCGUAAUCAAUGUGUGAUAUUGCUGUUCCUCAGCUGGCCACAAACGAGAUGCACAGAAAAGGCCGACUUGAGAGGUGAAGAGAUCUUCGAUCAACUUGCAACCGCCUCCGAGAACGUGGUACACGCUCUAAAGCCGAAUGAAGUCUCAAAGGACCUUGAAGAGCAGGCCUCGAGGAUAUCGACGUCGAUAGGCGCAACCGUGCGCUAUGAAAAUUCCAACGGCUUCGUGCCUAUGGUACCGUCCGCCUUACCGUCCGUUUCGUACGACCAAGUUGACUCGCCAUCGUCACAGACUGAUGACCACGAACAGCGGAGGUUUGAAGAGAGCAACGCAACGACUGCCGUAAGUGCUCAAGAAAGCUCUGACGCGAGGGCGAAAAAGUUGGAAGAGGACUUAGCAUACUCCUCGGAAGCGAGGAUCUUCUUGAGUCUGCCUAGCUCACUGACGAAUCGCAGGUCUUUCGAUUUGCAGGAUGAAAGGCAUGAGUUCGAGCUGCUGAAGGUGAACAACGACACCCCCGCGGUGGCCAAUUACCAGGAAUUUUACGAGAACGUACGCGACACGGUGAACACCGCGACCACCAGCAAGUCCGGCAAACCUUCGAGGCGCCCGAACGGUGAGAGAGGGAAGAGGCUGGAGAACCACACCCGCAAUUACGGUUCGCAACAAAGCAACGACGAGGAUAUUUAUGCUCAAUUCUAUUCGUACAAUAACGCCCAGGAUACGAAGAAAACUGUUUACGGACAGGAGAAAGUCGCCGGUAAUUAUCAGCAGCAGAAUACCGCGAACUACAACGGGCUGAGCGCGGCCAAACAGAGUGCGGCAGCGAUCCCGUCCUCAUCAAGGACGAAUUACGAGGCCAACGAACUCGCGCAUAGCGGAACUUAUGGCGAUGCGGUGGAAUCGCCGAGGACACGCCAUAGAUUCAUGAAGCCGGUCAUAGUCGCCGAGCCGAGCAACCACAAAAUAGACGUCAAGUUCAGCAGCCAGCUGCGAGACAGCGAGUUCGAUAAUGAAGACAAAACUUUGAGAAACCUAGAAUCUACUAGCUCGGAGGCUUCGAAUCACCAUGAUGCUUACAACAGCAACAACAGGCAGCGUAGUUAUCACCGCACGGAGGACUCUAGAGAUCUCUCGGACGAGAACACGGAUUACUCCGAUUACAUUGACCGACAAAGACUGAAAGUGCAAAAAAAUCGGAGACGCCCUACGUAUCCUGACUCUUCCAGAAAACUUCCCAAAGAACAUCGUGGCACGUUGAACGAGAGCUCGGAGGAGGGUAAGUAUAGCUCUUCAAGACUGAAGUCGCAGAGGCAUAGAGUGAAGGCAAACCCGUGGCUCAACGAUCCCAGCGUAAAUCAUCAGGACGAGAGCGGCGAAGAUGUUAGACACGACUCUAGGAGCGGCAGCACGAAAACAAAGAGUACCAAUGUUCAAUAUGGAUCCAGGUCGAAGAAUACCAAUACGUGGAAUCAGAUAUCUCCAAAUAUCGAGAUCUCUCAUUCCAACGGGAUCGAGUUGGAUCAGUUGGAGAAGCCGAAAUACGUCGUUAAUUUGGUGCCCGUGGCGAACUUCGACCACGCGACCGCGUUAGGCGAUAGCCAGGGUUUCGACAUGUCCAACGCGAUGCUGCAGAACCUCGCCACCGUCGCGCCGAUCGGUGCUUUCAGCACGACGACGCCUCUCCUGAACACGCCUCAGCCUGUCCUCGCUCAGAAUUUUGCGAUAUCGAAAGACCUGGUUUCCACGCCAGUGCCCGAUAUCAUUGUCGGUCAGAACACAUUCCAAAGUCCCGUGCACGCGGUUCUGCUCUCUCAUCCGAGCGGCCAAAAUAAGAUCGCGGAUACCCUGAGAGCGACCUACGUUCCGAGUACCAUGACACCUGUAUUCGCCCUCACGCCCGGCUUAACUCCGGCGCUGCAGAGCGUGAGUGUUCAGGGCGUGCAGAGCAACGUAACGCCACGAACGACCUUUGCCGUGGUGCCGCAGCCGACCAUUCAGACGUACCCGAGUUUUCUGCAGACGCCGCUACAGGCAACUCAGAUCCAGCUGAAUACCCACGGAUUGCAGGGUCAGAACUUGAUAAAUCACAAUAACUUGCAGGUACAGAGUCUGCCGACAGCGCCCACGGUGUUAUCCAGCCAGACGUUGCCGGAGGGCAGGGCCAACCUAGGGUCUACAGAAGUGCAGAGCAAGAAAAACACGUAUCCCACUUCCGGCGCAAACUUCCUCGCUACCGCGAGUUUGGCCGUUGAUCAGAAUGAACAGAAGCAGACGGCUAACCAGUAUUACGUGCAGAAUCAGAAUCGGCAGCUGAUUCCGAAUCAACAGCACUUGCAGGAACUGCAAGCUCAAAUGAACAGGCAGCUGGCGAAGGGCGGUAGACUGUCCGGCGUUGUGUUGCAAGCCGCUGAUAGCACGACUAGUCACUCGACCAAUAACUUAAAUUUACUCGGAGCAGCAUCGGCGAGCGCUCAUCUUCCAAAUGUAGGCACGAAGACCGUAGAGAUUGGGAAUCCAAACAUUAAACCGAACUUUGUCAACGCGAAUGCUUAUCAGACGAUGCACUAUCCGGCUGCUGUUUUGACGACACCCAUCCCGAUUUUCAGCACAAUCGCCCCGGUUACUCCGCAACCCGCAGUUAAUCUGCAGAAUUACGUGAACUCUCUGACAGAGACCGGAGCCAAGAUUAGACAAGUAGAUGUUAGACCGUUGCAGCAUCAAGAACGACCGGUGUUCAAUCCAAUCAAUUUUGUCCCCAACGUUGACAUUAUCAAAAAUCAGAACGCUCUUAACCACAAGUUGUCGAGCAACGAGCCUAUUCAGCAAGGUUUGAAUCUGGUGCCCGCUGUGCCCGGCGGAAACUUCUUCAAACCGUUCUCAGGGCAGAACGAGUUGCACAUGAAGCCGAAGCUUGCGUCGGACUUGCAGAAAUACGCCGAGGAGAUGUUCAAGGAAUCCCUGAAGACGAUGUACAACUCGCAGAAGUGGAACAACGACCGGAGACCGGGAAAUAUUCCGAAUAAUUUAGAAGAAAGCGACUUGGCCAAAUUGAGACACGAACUGCAAAAGUUAAGGUCUUCUUUGUCGGAAUCAAAGUAUAGAGAUCUUCUCGAGGCGAACCAGAGCGAGAACAACAUCCUCACAGCUGACGCGCCCAAACCUUCGGGCGGUAAAAAGAAAUUGGACCCGCUGCUAGCGACCUUAGAACAUCUGCUGAGGACGCGUCCAGCGGGACCGAUACACAUUUAUCAUGGCGAAAUGAAACCAGGUCGCAAGCCUAAACCAGGAGAUUCGAGCGUCGCUGGGAGCUCCAACUACGACUUCAACGACAACAGGCACUUGGAAUUUCUCACGCCACCCAGGCCGGAUCCAUUCCGCUCGGAAAGUCCUUUCCACGAAAAGCCGAUAAAGAAACGGCCAGGACUGAGAUACAAGAACGGCCCGAGGAAACUAGCGAGGCCAGGCAAUUCGUCGCAUAGACCCGUUGGACUAGAAACAUCUGCUGCCAAUGUGGAAGUGUAUCUGGAUGGGACGCGUUACCGUAAGCCGCCUAUAGAUUAUGAUCCUGAAAACUUGGACUACGAUCCUACGACGAGACACCGAACGUCCCACGAUUCGACGUUCAAGCCGUUACCGGAUGGCUACAGCCAAAUCUUAAGGGAGAUGAAGAAUAACAAGGACUACGACAUAAACCAUCCCAGGAUGCACAAUCUUCUUAGUUUAUUAAUGAAAAACAAACAGUUGCCGAGCAGAGGCGCGCAGAAUCAUUUUCGCGACAGAGAUCAAUUAAGGCAGUUCACCGAGAGGGACAGGCGUCGACUGCAGCAGCAGUUUUACGCUGAUGCCCUAAGGAAUUACAUGGACAGAUCCGACGUCACGUCGCAGCCCGUUUUGGUCGCCAACGGAAAUGUUUAUUCGGGGAACGACACCGCGUGA